AUGAACCUAGACAUUGUCGUCGCAAUGCCGUGUGACGCGUUGCGGGUCAACGUGCAGGACGCAGCGGGCGAUCGGAUCCUCGCCUCAGACCUUCUCGACAAGCAGCAAACUAGCUGGGCGGCUUGGAAUCGUGAGCUGAAUGGGGUGACUAGUGGAGGUGGACGAGAGUACCAGACGCUGAAUGAGGAAGAUUUGUCGCGCUUGAUGGAGCAGGAGGCAGAUGCGCAUGUUGGACAUGCGCUGGGAGAGGCGAAGAGAAGCUACAAGCGCAAAUUUCCCAAAGGCCCGAAGUUGAAGAGGGGGGAGAAGGCCGACUCGUGUCGGAUAUAUGGUAGUCUGGAAGGGAAUAAGGUGCAAGGUGAUUUCCAUAUUACGGCGAGAGGCCAUGGGUAUUUUGAGUUCGGGGAACAUUUGAGUCAUGAUGCAUUCAAUUUCUCCCACAUGGUAACUGAAUUAUCCUUUGGCCCACACUACCCCUCGCUCCUUAACCCCCUCGACAAAACCAUCUCCGUCACACCAGCCCGCUUCUUCAAAUUUCAAUACUACUUGUCUGUCGUGCCAACCAUCUAUACGCGCGCUGGCAUUGUCGACCCUUACAACCACGUCCUCCCAGACCCCACAACAAUACGCCCUUCCGAGCGCGGGAGCACCAUCUUCACCAACCAGUACGCCGCCACCUCUCAGUCCCACGAAGUGCCUGAUCCGCAGUAUCAUAUCCCCGGUAUCUUUUUUAAAUACAACAUCGAGCCGAUUCUACUGGUUGUUAGUGAAGAGAGGGGCAGCCUGCUGGCGUUGCUUGUGCGACUUGUGAAUGUUUUAGCCGGCGUGGUGGUGGCUGGUGGUUGGUUGUUUCAGAUUAGUACGUGGGCGAUGGAGAAUUUGAAGAAGAGGCGGGGGAAAUCGGAAGGAGUGCUGAAUGGGAAGGUUACUGGCGAUGAGGAUGAGUGA